UACGAUUUUUCUGUUCAUUGUUCUUAUGUAGUAAUUUAUUUCUACACUCAAGUUGAACAUUAAGGAGAUUAGUAUUAAUACCUAAACAUAUUUUGAGAUUGUUUAUGAACAAAAUAUACGUCACCCGCGCUAUGGUAUCGGUUUGUACCACCGUGGUGGUGCGUGCACGCUCCGCUUCGUUGUUGAGGAAUUUCACUCCCGUUAUCAUCAUUAUCGGCCUAGCAUGAAAUCCGACCCUUCCAAACGACAGAGAAGCAUACUCUUCUUUGUGUGUGUGUAUCAGCAGCAGCAGCAGUUCGGCCUCCACUCGGCAGUCUUGCGUGAGAACACGAAGUCCCCGGGUCGUAGCGGACAAACCCGAACACUCAUCUGCGCUGGGAGAGCAUCCCUUCACGCGGCUGCUGCUGCUACAUGUUCAGACCAUCGCUGAGCGCUGCGGUGAGUGGAGUGUCUGUAUGUACAGUUGGUCUUCUCCUUUCUAGUGCGAACAUUACCGUUUUUUUGUGGAAAACAGGACACCGUACGAACGGUGUUCGGUUUCGUCCCGUUCACCGUGGGUUGGAGGGAAGUUGGAGUCGGUUUGGGUGUGGUGCGGUAUCGAGUCGAGUGUGUGCGUGUGCUGGGUGGAGGUGAAAAGUCCUUCGGGGUCCGGUGCAUAUCCGGGUACGCUUCGGGUAGUGUUCGGGUCCCGACACCCGACGGAAGGAAGCGCGUGCGGAUUGCAUUCCACGCCCGGUCGAUCGGUGAAGGGGUAGGGCGGGACAGGACGGCCAGCAACCACUCGGACCGGUCGUCUCGUUUUGGGGCCUCGCUGUUGGUGGUGCGCGUGUGUUAGUGCGCGGUGGUGCGUACAAGGCAGGCAAGUAAAGCGUGACCGGGAUCCUGUGCUCGAGCAGCAGCAGUAGCCGUCCGUCGUCGGCUGGGUCCUGCUGGAGUUGGCAACUGCAAAUUUAGUCAUUGGCCUGGCCCAGUCAGGAGUGGUUGUGCUUUCCAGUGCUAACAGGAGCAGCAGUAGCAGCAGCAGCCAAGACAGUUACACCAGAGCCUUUUGCUUUAGGUUUGGUUAGAGUGAGCUUCAGUGAGAUAUAAGAGAAGUGUGUUAGCCUUAGAUCCUAGGACAAGUAGUUGAUAGUAUAAGACAGUUUGUCUUACAGUUUGCUUAGACAUUUAAGUCCCAAUAAGCAACGUUUAAAGUCACCAUAAACUGCAAACAAUUAAGAGCUUAAAGCUGCAACCAAACCUAACGAAACAUUUCCAACGAAAAUUCCACUCCAAUACGUUAGACAAUUCCGCGUACACGGGAACAAGCGUACCAGCUUAACCUAGACGCUAAAGUGCAAUCGGUUGUGUUCGCGUUUCAAUCGCGUAAACUUUCCACUCCCUUAGCAACACCAAAUUGGACAAACCCGAUCCUCUUUAUCGCACUCUCUCCCACUCUCUCUCGCUGUCGUGCGCAUUAAAUUUAGUGUGUGUAAAAAGGUUGGCAGCCCAGCCAUUCCGCGCUCACAAUUAAAACAAACGGUUAACUGAGCAAACAAAAUAGGAAGCAACCAACGGGACGAAAACCAAAAAAAAAAAAAACGCCCCAAAACAACAGCACCAGCAGCACCCGGCACGAUGACGAGCGCCCGACGAGUACCGACGAUGGCGCUCCAGCAGCAGCUGCAAGAAUGUUGCCACACGGCACUCGAAGCCUGCACCAUCGGGCAUAGCCUCGGUGCGCUUUGGACGCUUUCACCAGACCUCACGUGAGGAAGGCUCGAAGCGCUGGCGAGUAGCCUCCAGAAUUUAUGGCCCACCUGCCACCGCCCUCUAGCACUCGUGCCCGUACAAGCGAGGAUGCUCCGGGGCUCCGAGGCUUGAAAGGGGAAGCCACCACGAUCGGGUUGAGAGGCGCCCAUGCUUUUGCUGUACUAGGAAACGUGUCAAAAGCAGCAGCAGCAGCAGCAACAAACUUCUGGUACACAAACUCCACACGUCCCUCUGUGUGUGUGUGGAAGUAGCGUCCUGAUUUUGGGGGCUACCCGGGAAUGCCGGGAGUAGGGGAGAUUUCGGUCAUUCGAGAAUGAUGUUGCGGUUUGGAUGGGCAACGUGACUCAACCAGCAACCAGUGCUACCACCGGGAGCUGGCUCCAGCGCUUCCCGAGGUAGCAGGGUCAACAACGCCAGCACCACAACAACGUCCCAGCAUCAUCAUUGCCAUCAUCGCCCUUCAUCUCUCGGGACGCAGAAGGACCCGGGAAAAAACGGAAGCAGGACCACGAAACGCAACUAAAAGUAAGAGUUGCUGAUCUUUUAAUUUCCAUCAUAAAGCAAACAAGUCACGUCGCAGCAAGCGAGACAAGCCAAGCGGAGACCAAUCGAUGGGUCUGUGUCGGUGUGUGCGGGUUGUGUGCUUGUGUGAUUUGUAACGGCGAGUGCGGAAGGAAUUAUAACCGCACGCAAAAAUGGAAACAUCCUUUGGACUGGUGGCUGUGCGGAUGCUGUGGGAUGAACGAUAGUGGGGAAGAAAUUUAUUUGCUUCCGCUUUCCGGCAACGGCGUAUGGAGCGGGAUACUCAGUACCAUUCCCAACAACACUGGAAAGACAAUUCUUGCCCCUCCCCUGAGUGCUAACGACAAUGUUUCGCAUCUUGUGACCGUAAUGGGGUUAGAAACCGUUUAGGAGAUUUGUAGUCACUGCGCCACAGCACGUCGCAGCAGCAAAUUUGAAAUAGUUUGGUGAAUCAAACGAUGUCCGAGUUGGAUGCGGGACAGGUCCGGCGGAUACUGCACGAGGCGCUCGGUCUUUGGGCACAGCACGCGAACAUAAACUUCCGCGAGGUGUACAGCACGGACGCCGACAUACAGGUCAUGUUUGCGCGCAAAUUCCACGGCGACGGCUACAACUUUGACGGCCCCGGGAAGAUUCUCGCUCACGCCUUCUAUCCCGGCACGGGCAUUGGAGGGGAUGCUCACUUCGAUGCGGACGAGAAGUGGCUGCUAAAUGAACCGCUCGAUGCAGAAGGCACACGGCUUUUCGAUGUGGCGGUGCACGAGUUCGGCCACUCGCUGGGGCUUGGGCACUCGUCGCAGCAGGAUGCCAUCAUGUUCCCGUGGCACCACAUCUCGUACCGCGGCAAGGACACAAUCCCGGAGGACGAUCGGCUCGGCAUCCAAUCGAUCUAUGGACCGCGCAAGAAGAUCUACGGCAAAAACCCGGAACGUCAUACGCCGAGCACGACGACCACGACCACCACCACGACACCGGCGCCACCGCCAAGGCCAACGACAAGGCCCUACUAUCCCGUCAAGAACACGACGGGCCACCCGUGGGAAGGACUGUAUCCGCACGGUCGACCUUACACUACGCGAAGGACUACCACCACCACCACCACCACCGAGCGAAGUCACCAUCGAGGAGAUGAGGAAACCCGAUAUCGAACGCAACAUCCUGCAACGACGGAAACGACCACCGUACGGCAUCGGCCCCAUCAUAGACCUCAUCAUCGAACAACCACGACGACAGCAAUGACAACGACCACCACCACCACAACACGGCGACCGUACCGUCAUCGGACGACGAUCCACCCGAACCCAUGCAACACCAGCUUCGACGCGAUCACGCUGAUCCGCAACGAGCUGUUCAUCUUCAAGGAUCGCUGGCUGUGGCGCAUGAACGAGAACGAUCUGCACCGGCCGACCCCGUUCGAGAUCCAUCGCAUGUUCUUCGGGCUGCCGGCGGACUUCGAGCGCAUCGACACGGUGUACGAGAACAAGCAUCAGAAAAUCAUCUUCUUCAUCGGCAAGCAAUACUACGUGUUCAACUCACAGUACCUCGAGCCGGGGUACCCGAGACCACUGACCGAUCUCGGGCUGCCGGACAGCAUCGAGCGGAUCGAUGCGGCCCUGGUGUGGAGUCACAACAAUCGCACCUACCUGUACAGUGGUCGACUCUACUGGAAAUUCGACGAAGACACGAACCGCGUCGAGCUGGACUACCCGCGCGACAUGUCCAUGUGGAGGGGCAUCGGGUACAACAUCGACUCCGCGUUCCAGUACCGCGACGGCAAGACGUACUUCUUCAAGGGCCGUGGCUACUGGCGGUUCAACGAUAUGAACAUGAGCAUUGCGCACGAGUACCAGAAGUCGUCCGCCAGGCGAUGGAUGAAGUGCCACGAGCGCCUGCUGCUGAACGAUCUGGACGAGGAUAUCGAUGUACCGCCGACCGUAGUCCAUACGGCCGGUGUUGGCACCAGCCGGGGUACGAGCCUUGGACGAAGCGAUGGCUAUGCGCCCGAUACGAUACUGCUGUUAGUGUCCUGCUCCCUGGUAGCGGUGGUUUUGUCCCACUUUUCCAAACAUUACGCUUAAAGCAGUGAUUAGAGGUGUGCAAUGAGAGUGGAAAUGAAAUGAUGCGGUUUUUUUGUUUUGUUUUGGGUGCAUUCCCAUUCAACGGUGGUUUGUUUCAGAGGUGCCACACUGUCUUGACUAUUUUGGGCCCGGGAAGUGAUACUUUUGGCGCUUGCUGGUGAUAAAGCUUUAAUCAACUAUAUGUGACAGUUAAAGGGGAGGAGUCUGGUGAUACAGUCGUCAACGUCAGUACGACUUAAUAACAUGCCCGUCAUGGGUUCAAGCCCGUCAUACCAUCCAUCCCCCCGUAGCCAAGGACUGACUAUCCUAUCCGACUGCCUGGUACACGAAAUAAUUAUCUAUAUCGGAAUAUUCUGUUAAUUCCGCCAUGACCCCGUAGCAUUAGAUCAUUAUGCACCUCCAAUAAAAGACCUGGCACCUCUGAAGCCUAUAUUGAUACUGAUCAGCUUAGCAAUUUCCUCAAAACCCCAGAACGAGAGUAUAAGGGAUCAUCCAUUAAGUACGUAAUGUCAAUAAAAAGUUGUUUAUCCCUAUUCUCCCUCCGCCCUUUGAGAGCAUUACGUAAUUAAUGGAUGCAUCCUUAGUUAAUGUCCGCAAGCGUCUAGGAGAAGAAUAGCCAGAUACGCUCUCGAUGCUUGGUAAAUAGCUCUCUUCUCACAUCUUCCAUCUCUCCUGUGAUCCGUUCCAUGCCAGAGGGCUGAGUCCAGAAACAGUUCUUAGGGGCGGCAUUCGUUCAGGAUUCGUUCCAUGAUCUGGAAAGAAUUUGCGAAAUUAUAGGGAAAAGGGUGUCCCAUUGUACAAUCAUUCAGCUAGAUUAUGUUGUUCUCUGCACAAGAUACUCAUUCAUUAGGAUGAAUGCACUACCGAUAGGGAUCGGGCGAUGCAUAGAACGUUACAUUUCGGUUUGGCGUAUGACCACUCAAAACACCCCCCAAAAACCAACGUUUCAUGUGCACUUUCACACCGCCUCUAAUCACUGCUUUAAGUGGUAUGCGCAUAACCACCGCCCACCGCACACCGGGGCUUUUCCAUCUGACUUUUCGUACGGUUAGCGAAAUCAAACUCCCGCGAUCCCGUCAGCGGCGCAGGAUCUUCUGGUGCUUUUUUGCUAUAUUUAGUCUCGUUCUGUACGGUAGAACAUAAACGUGAUCGUCUGUAGGAUAAUAAAUGUAAGCUAGGCGCGGUUACGAGUGCCGUACGAAAGCCUACACAUACACAAUUUAAGCGCAAAAGAGAACCAUAAAGAUGGCGAAUGCUUGUGCUUGUCGAUGUGAAGUGGACAGCAGUCUGCACAAGUAAUAAAACAAUUGUGAAAUCUAA